GGAGUGCAGGAGCUUCGGUUCUGUGUGUGCAACAUCUUCAAGAUGCAGCGCAUCUACAUGCACAGCAAUGAACACUUUGAAGUCUUCACCACUGUCCUUGCUCCACAAGGGAGGUAUCGAUACAGAGCCGAGGCUGAAAAGAUGGUAGUGGUGCACAGCUACAGCCCCCACUGGCCAGAUGAGCUGGAGCUGUCUCCUGGUGACGUCAUCCUGGUGCUGUCCAAACAUGAGGAGGAGAGGUGGUUUGGGCGGCUGCAGGACGGCCAGCGGGGCUACUUCCCCGCCUCCUGUGUGAUGGAGCUGAGCCAGGUGAAUCUCCCUCCAAAAGCCCUACGAAGGACUUUAUAUCUGAGAAACCCAGCCUGGGACAACGAUUCAGGCGUACGCAACAGACAUGGAAAUGGACACAUUCUGCAGGCGCUCAGGAGAGGGAGCAGAGGAGGUGGAGUAGGAGGAGGUGGGGGAGUGGGGCUGGAUGGGGGCCAAGGUGAGAAAGAGGGCCCCUUCCUGGUGCGGAGGCCCCAGAUCCCUGUGCCUCAGCCUGUGGCCUCCCAACCUCAGGCACACAGAUCCCCAGGCCUGCUUCACAGGAUCUUGUCCAAGUGCCGGAAAAAGAGUGAACGCCAGGGAGCUACCAACGGGGCCUUCGAGGGCGACUAAGAGGCCCUUCUUUUUCUCCUGGGUG